AUCUGUUUAAAUCUCGGAUUCAAAAUCGAAACCACUUUGAAAACAAGUUCAAAAAUUAACACAAAAAUUUGCGAUUCAGCCUCGUAUAUACUUAAUAAUAAUGAGGCAGAAAUAAAAUAAAUAAUAGCCAGCUGCAAAACAAAAUCCCGAUGAAAUGAAAUUCCUUAUUAAAGUCGUCUCAAUUUUAUGCGCCCUUAAUUAUUCACAUGCCAGUAUUCAUAAGGGAGGUAUACUGUACCCAAGGGAAUCUGAAACCAGGCAAGUAGUUUCACUAGAUGGAAUUUGGAAUUUUAUUGUGCCAGAAGUCAACAGCUCAAAAAAUCCUUUGGUGGGUUUCGAACAGCAUUGGUACAAAAGAGAACUCACACAAAUACCAGAUGUGACAGUCAUUCCAAUGCCGGUACCAUCCAGCUACAAUGACAUCACAACCGACUGGCGUAUAAGAGACCACGUAGGGUUAGUAUGGUACGACCGCAAUUUUUUCGUCCCAAAGUACUGGUCGGAAGCUGGAAGAGUUUGGUUGAGAUUCGAGGCAGUUAGUUAUGCUGCUCAAGUUUGGAUCAAUGGGCAAAUCGUAAUGAGCCAUGAAAUAGGACAUUUACCUUUUUUGGCUGAAAUCACUUCUUAUUUGAAAUAUGGCAAAGAAAAUAGGAUAACUGUUGCUGUUGAUAAUACUUUAUUGCCAGAUACUGUACCUCAAGGAAAAGUCAUAGAGCUGGAAAGUGGAAGAUUACAACAAACCAUAACAUUCGAUUUUUUCAAUUACGCCGGAAUUCAUCGGCCAGUUAAACUGUACACCACCCCGAAAACUUACAUUGAUGACGUUACAGUGGUUACAAUGGAAGCUACAAACGAAAUAGCAAGAAUAAAAUACAAUAUAACAAUCGGAGGCACCUCGGACAUGAAAUACCAAAUCACUUUGUCGGACAAUUCCAAAAAUGUUGUCGCCAAAAACGAAGACAUCAGCGAAAGCCUCGGAACUUUGACAAUAGAGAAUCCCAACUUGUGGUGGCCUUAUUUGAUGGAUCCAAAUCCAGGAUAUCUUUAUUCUAUGGAAAUAGUAUUACUGGAUUCCUAUGGGGAGGUUGUGGACAAGUAUAUUCAGCCAGUGGGCUUGAGGGUGCUUUCCUGGUCUAACACAAGCUUUUCCAUAAAUGGAAGACCGUUAUAUUUGCACGGGUUUGGUCGACAUGAAGAUUCGGAUAUUAGAGGAAAAGGUUUGGAUUUGCCACUGAUAAUCAGAGACUAUAAUUUAAUCAAAUGGGUGGGCGCCAAUGCUUAUAGAACAUCCCAUUAUCCUUACGCCGAAGAAAUCAUGGAUUUGGCCGACCAAAUGGGGAUCAUGAUUAUUGACGAGUGUCCUGGAGUCAAUAUAGAAAUUUUUUCUGAAACGUUGUUAAAGAAGCACAAAGUGUCUCUAACCGAAAUGAUUAAACGAGACAAAAACAGGCCGGCUGUUAUUAUGUGGUCUGCCGCCAACGAGCCUAGGACUCAAUAUCCUGCUGCCAAAGAGUAUUUUAGGCAAGUUAUAGAACACAUAAAGUCUUUAGAUACAACUAGGCCAACUACAAUAGUGGAAUCACAAGGAGUCAAUAUAGUACAGUCGUCUGAAUAUGUAGACAUAGUAAGUUUCAACCGCUACAAUGCUUGGUACUCCAACGAAGGUAAUUUGGAUGUGGUAAUUUCCAGAGUUGUAAACGAAGCUACUGCCUGGCACAAUAAAUUCAAUAAGACUGUUAUUAUGCAGGAAUAUGGUGCUGAUACUUUAGAAGGCCUACAUUUUAGUCCCUCUUUUAUUUGGUCUGAAGAGUACCAAGUUGAAUUGAUGUCAAAACAUUUUGAGGCUUUUGAUUAUUUAAGGAAUCAAGGUUUCUUCAUUGGAGAAUUCAUAUGGAAUUUUGCUGAUUUUAAGACAAGGCAAGAUUACACAAGGGUUGGUGGUAACAAAAAGGGCAUCUUCACCAGAAGUAGACAGCCAAAAUCCAGCGCGCAUUUUCUCAGAAGAAGAUACUGGAACCUUGCCAAAGAAUUCUACAAUGUUUCCUUGCCAGAUGAUCUCAACUUGUACGUUAUACAAGAAGAGAAAAGAACAAUUAAUACUGAACUGUAAAUUUUGUGUGAUAUUGCUAAAAAUCCAAGUACAAGGCAUACUGCCCUAGAAAAUUAAAGGUUUUUAUUUGAAGAUGUUAUUUUUUGUAAAUAUUAUUUUUAUAAACGAGGAUGUCACACUGUAUAAAUACUAAAUAAAAUGCAUUUUGUGAAUUGCUAUUUAAUCUUUAUUAUAAAUAUUCAUCUAU